CGCGGCAGAAAUCAGGAACCACUUGACGGAAAACUUUCCGUCGUCCUUUCGAUACACGACUGUAUGCAUAAUGAUGGCAAAACCACGGGCGGAAAGGAAUGGGAAGCGAAGGAAGCAACCGAAAACCUUUCCCUCCCACAUUUGACGGAGUAUUGAUUGGUGUUUUGUUGAUGUUGUUGUUGGUGGUAUUAUGCGCUUGCCAGGAAUCGUAUCUUCUUCUCCGCCUCUUUCUCCUCAUGAAUAAAACAUCGACUUCCGGGAUGUUGACGUUCGAGAGUAGGUAUCUGUCAUCCCGAGAACUUUUCGUCAGGAUCGGAUUGCUGAUGAUGGAGAUUACAUUCACAAACAAUCCUGGGGCCGUGCGAAAUGAAAUUCGUGACUUUGCCGGACGAACAGGGGGUUUCUCCGAGAUCCAAUGUUGACCGAAUUGGAAAUGGGAGAUGCGAUUUUUAGGAAAUCGAAUUUCGAUAAAAUGUUUAACAACUUCGUGGUGGAUUAUUCGUUGUCACACGGAACGAAAGUGUCAAUUUCCAACUACGUACCUUCCCACCAUUAUCACUGCAUGGACAAAAGCGAAUGCGUUAAAAUAUUCAACAGUUUGGUCAGGUGUCACCGUAGGUGUGUGACACCGUGUUUUGUGGGUUGCAUACAAUACACAAUGACGUUUCGAUAAAGUAUUGGCGCUCCCGCUUCCGAAUUUCGACCGCUUUCCACCGAGCGCGGCCUGCUACGAGGUGAUGAUGACGAUUCAAAUUUCGCACAUGUUUGUAUACUCGGAGGAAUUCACCACAUGGGUUAUUUUUAGCGCUGCUUUCCCCUGUCUGAGAGGGUAAGACAAUUGGCUUCUGGUUUAUUUUUACCCACGACUAGCAUCUUCAUCCAUCGCAAUCAUCACAACCACCAACAACAGGAUUGGGACUUUGGGGGCAAAGAUCGUUCCCCGUGUACCAUCUGAGCCAGAGCGAGUUGAUUAGUUCGGUAGUAGAACCGGACCGCCGACCGAGACAGAGAGUGUGAAUCGUUCGUCCGUCCGUCCGUCCGUCCGUUCGUCGACAUCGGUUGGCUACGGAGUCCAGAAGGGCUACCCCCGACAACCCUGCCGCGACGACGCGCUGGUCGGAGUGAAAAAUCGCGAUUUUGUUUUCGUUUUCUCGUCCGUUUCGAGUGCAAAGUGGAAACGGGAAAAUUUUCACCUUCAAAAGCGUUAUUUUUUUUUCCGCCGUAAAAGUGUCAAACAAAAGGCGAAGGUGGUGGAUCAAAAGUGACAGCUUAAUUAGCUGUCAUUGUCCGCUGAGUUGUGUAGUGCGGCGCGGUGGUGAGGUGACGCGGCCUACUAAUGCUUGCGGUGUUGAUCAUGUGCAUUGGUUAAAUAGACGAGAGUUUGGCGUUUUUACGGUGCGGGAAUUUUAGGUGUUCAUCCGUAUGUUAGGUGUGCUGCUAAUGCCGCCGGUUGGGACCAUGUCAGAACGGUUGAAGCAGUGUCUCAGCGAAGUAUCGAUCGCGAUCGAAAACGACAAGCGGGCCUCCAUUUCGACGGAGCCGGAUUGGCACGAGGAAGUGAACAGAUACCGACAGACGCGGUUCUCAUCGCGACGCAUCCGGAAGCGCGUCAUCUUCAAGCAAGGCGACUGCAACGUUGUGCAGGGGAAUGUCGCUAAACGGCGCCGGCGCUACUUGCAGGACAUUUUCACCACCCUGGUCGACAUCCAGUGGCGCUGGACGUUGGUGGUGUUCGCGUUGAGCUUCGUCCUGUCCUGGUUGGGAUUCGCCAUCAUUUGGUAUCUGAUCUCGUACAGCCAUGGCGACGUGGCCGCUCACGCCAACGGAGAUACUCAACACCAGCCGUGCGUUACGUGCAUAUACGGUUUCACGUCUGCAUUUCUGUUCUCGCUGGAAACGCAGCACACCAUUGGUUACGGAAACCGCUUUGUGACGGAGGAAUGUCCCGAGGCCGUGUUCAUACUGGCCUUGCAGAGCAUCACCGGAGUGUUCAUACAAGCAUUUAUGGUCGGCAUCGUGUUCGCCAAGCUGUCCCGCCCAAAGAAACGUGCCCAGACGUUACUGUUUUCGCGUAACGCCGUCAUUUGCCACCGGGACGGGGUGCCGUGCUUGAUGUUCCGCGUCGGUGACAUGCGCAAGAGCCAUAUCAUCGAGGCGCACGUUACGUCACAGAUCAUCCGAAGGAAGAUCACCAAAGAGGGAGAAAUUAUGCCGUUCUACCAGCAAAACAUGGAGCUCAGCUGCGAUGGCGGCGAUGACCGGUUGAUGUUCAUUUGGCCAACCAUAGUCGUUCAUAAGAUUGAUAAGGACAGUCCGCUGUACAAUCUCUCCGCGCAGGAUAUGCUUCGAGAGCGGUUCGAAAUAGUCGUUAUGCUUGAGGGAGUAGUAGAAUCUACCGGAAUGACAACCCAGGCGCGAAGUAGCUUUCUGCCGUCGGAAGUCCUGUGGGGUCAUCGAUUCGAGUCGGUCGUUAAGUUCAAGCGAGACACCGGAGAGUACGAGGUGGACUACACCAUGUUCAAUAAUACGUACGAAGUGGAUACACCUCUGUGCAGUGCACGGCAACUGCACGAGGUCAAGAAGGAGCUCAACAAGCAAGGGCUAGUUCCGUCUUCGUCGAGCGACGAUUCGGACAGUUCGUCCUCGUCGGACGACGCCGGAUGCGAACCGUCGACGCCACGGCCGGCCAUUAAGCAUUCACACGCCAACGGGUAUCUGCAUUUCAAUGCCACCAAUGGUGGUGGCGCUACCGCUAGAGGUGGGCCCCUGGUCGACAGUAAUCCUAAUAUUGGUGGUGGCGGUGAAGAAGUGACUACCGGUAACGAGGAAUCGCCCUCGGCUAGUCCGAAGCAGCGCAACUUUCGUAAGCUUUCCAUCAAGGAGCCCUCGAUGGAUUCGCUGUGCUGAGGAGCAGGCGGGUCUGUCGCUUUCGUCGCAGUAGGCUGGUUAACCGAUGAUACCGAUGACAGCUCCUCCGCCUCGGCCAUCGCCACCGCAGUAGAACAAGAACAACUACCAAUCUGCGAAGCGGAAC